AUGGACCCUGGCUCCGACAUCAUCGAGUACGAGAGGCCCGGCGUCGUGCGCGUGUACAAGAGCGGCCGUGUCGAGCGCUUCGACGGCACCGACACCAACACCGUCCCGCCCUGCCCCUCCGGGGACCCCGCCAAUGGCGUCGUCUCCAAGGAUGUCGUCCUCGACGCCUCUGCCAACAUCUCCGCUCGCCUGUACAUUCCGGCCGCGGAGCCUGGCAAGAAGCUCCCCGUCGUCGUUUACUUCCACGGCGGCGGUUUCCUUGUCCAAACCCCGGCCUCCCCGUUCUACCACACCUACACCGCGUCGCUCGCCGCCGCGGCGCCCGCCGUCGUCGUCUCAGUCGACUACCGCCUCGCUCCCGAGGACCGCCUCCCCGCCGCCUACGACGACGCCUUCGCCGCGCUUAAGGCGGUCGUCGCCUCGUGCCGCCCGGACGGCGCCGAGCCGUGGCUCGCGGCGCAUGGCGACGCCUCCCGCGUCGUCCUCGCCGGCGACAGCGCCGGUGGGAACAUCGCGCACAACACGGCCAUAAGGCUGCGGAAGGAACGCAUCGAGGACUACGGCGACGGUGUAAGCGGCGUCGCGCUCCUGCAGUCCUACUUCUGGGGGACAGAGCGGGUGGGCGGGGAGCCCACGGAUGCCGCCUACCGCGGCGAGUUUGAGCGCUUGUGGGACGUCGCCUGUGGCAGCCAUUUCGGCCCCGACCACCCUUACAUCAACCCGGCGACGUCGCCCGGGGAGUGGAGCCAGCUCGGGUGCGACCGCGUGCUGGUCACCACGGCCGAGCUCUGCUGGUUCGUGGACAGGGCGCGCGAGUACGCGGAUGGGAUAAAGGCGUGCGGAUGGGACGGAGAGGUCGAGUUCCACGAGACCAAGGGCGAGGAGCAUGUCUACUUGUUUAAGUCCGGCUGCGACAAUGCCGUCAAGGAGCUCGCCGUCGUGGCCGACUUCGUCGGGCGCUGUUGA